ACCCCUUUACAAUGCCUCGGCGGAUUGUGUGACUACAUAUUCAUCUAGUCGAACUAUACAACUAGUUAAUUGCAACGAUAUUGUUUGCUGUUUUUUAGAUCACCGUAAAGUUGCACGCAUUUAAAGUUACCGCGUAAUGUGGGCAUGCGUUGUGAUAGGACUGUGCUACCGAAGAAAGACACCAGCAGUUCGUAAUAACACUGGUGCCGAGGAGUUCGCACAUUAUCUGAUAACAACGGCUAAAUAACUCCGGACUUCAUUUCCACCGAAACAUGCAGCCGUCUACCCCGGCACAAUGUAACAUUUAACGAUACAUAAUCGCCAAGGGGACAUUACCGCGACUGCGGGGCUGCGCUUUCUGGAUGAUUGACGACGCUUUUUUGUACGCCUAAUGGAAGAUUCUGAAAUGCUUUAUCAUGGAUAUGUUGUGCCGUUGUAUUUUUUCGCCUUGAACCGGGUUUUUUCCUCUUCUUGGAUGUAUAUUUAGGACGCCUCUUUCAGCGAUUUGUGAUUCUGCAGAAUCGAAGACAGGGAUAAAACAAUCUGUGUCUACCUCGCCAUAUCGCUACCCGGGAUUUAAAUUAUCACGUGUUAUAACAACGGAACCACAAAUAGUAGGCUACAUCAAAAUUAAUGUGGCGACCCAAUCUUUAGCGAAUACAAUCUGGAUUGCAGAAUGAGCAGGGAAAGACCCAAGAGGAAUAUAAUUCAAAAGAAAUUUGACGAUAAUGAUGGCUUUACCUGGACGGAGGAGCGUGUGGUGCGCAGGGUGCUCUACCUCUCCCUCAAGGAGUUCAAGAGGGAGCAGAAGAGCAAAGUGGGGGGCAAAGACGGCCUCGGGAAGGCGGUCAUGAACGGUGCUUUAGCUAACGGUCAUCUGAGUGGCUCGGGCCCCAGGUCGGCGGGCUCCAAGGGAGGCCUGUACGCGGGCGGGUCAAAGGCCGAGCGCUCCCGGCGCCUGGCCCCCAACCAUGACGGGGCCAGCGAGUCCUCUGAGGAGGGGCCCGCACGCAAGAGGCCCAGGCUGCAGGCCCAGAGGAAGUUUGCCCAGUCGCAGCCCAACUCCCCCAACUCCACGCCGGUGAAGAUGGUGGAGGCCAUGCCAGCCAGCCCCGUGCCCCCCCUCAGCGACCUCUCCAAGCGCCGGCCCAAGACAGAGGACUUCCUCACCUUCCUCUGCUUACGAGGCUCGUCGGCGUUGCCCAGCAGCAUGGUGUGCUUCGGGACGGCGCAGGAGGACGCGGACGUGGAGGACGAUGAGGAGGAGGACGAGCUGGAGCAGGAGGCCUCCGCCAGCAGCGAGGCAGGGCCAGCCUCCACCUCCUGCCACUCCACCCCACGCAAACACAGGCCACCUGCCAAGCCCACCGCCAACGGCCACGUUUUCAGUGUCCAGGGUAAGGGGUCGGGAGCUAAGGAAGUGAGCCUGCGGUCUCGGGGGAGGGAUCCUCCUCAGAGGAACCAGAGGGAUCAGCGCUCGGAGACGCCCGCCACUCCCCCUCCCCGCGCCUCCACCACACACAACCUGCGGCCCAGUCGGGCGCUGCACGAGCGGACACAGCAGGUCUCCAAGACAACAGGAGUGACGCGGGAAUCCUCCACCAGCACGCGGAGGUCGAGAGACCCCCUGCCCCCUCCCCCGCCCCCUCCGCCCCCGCCCCCCCCUCCACCCCCGACCAAAGCUGUGAAGUACCCCAAGGGCCACGUCACUUACACCAAAGCCAGGCUACUCAAGGAAGCCAAGCUCAACCCCAGCACCCGCCAUCGCAACCCCGCCACCAAUACCACCAGCCAAGCCACCACCACCACCGCAGCAGCUCAGCGAACCAAUGGCCAUACCCACCACGCAAACAAAAGCAACAGCAGCAGCAACACCAGCCAGCUCCCCGCCCACAAAUCAACCAACUCAGGAAGAGCCCAGAGCAGCCAGGCCAACAGCAAGACCCUCCGACCGGUGCUAUCCUCCCCCCGGGCCGACGGCUGCUCCCGGCUCAGCGCCUCCAAGGCGGGUGGUGGUGGCGCGGAGCGGAGAGCGGAGGCCCAGAACGGGGUCCGGACACAGCAGCAGCAGAGGCAGCUGCCCCCGCGUCGCAGCGGGCUCAGGCAGUCCAAGAGGCAACUGGAGGCAGCCAGCGGUGGCGGAGCAGGAGGUGGAGGAACCAGCGCCACCAGUCCAGCGAGGAACGGGGUGGAGGUGGGCGUCAAGAAGGUCAAGGUGCAGCAAACGAUGUCAGCGACGAGCUCGGGUCCAGCGACACGGUGCAAGAGGGGGGCCCAGGCAGCAGCAGCAGCAGAAGUAGCCAUCGCGGCAGAGCCGACCCCCACUCCACAAGAAACAAAGGACGUAGAGAAGAAGACACCCGCGGAGGUGGUGACAGAGACGGACAAGGUCACAUCUGGAAAUGGUGACACCUCAACAGGAGGAGGUGGAGGUGGGCAGCAGACAACUGCAACAGCAGCGUUGCAGAGGCCCAAGCGCACGGCGGCCGGCAGGCUGAUGUUCACCCGGCAGGCUCAGCAGCAGUCUCAGAGGCCGACCCCUUCUCAAGCCCAAGCACCACCAACACCACCACCAACACCAACAACACCUCCUCCUCCUCCUCAGCCCAAAACUGCCCCAACUCCACCACCUCCUCUUCCAUCUGCUACCUCUCCAACAACCCUCUCGAUCCCGGCCGAGCCCCCAAAACCGGCCGAGCCCAAGGCGGCACGUGAGAGGGAGCGGGGUAAGAGGGGCGCCUGCACCGCAACUGGAGCUGGAGCUGGACCUGCGAUCAGCACCAGGGCAGGCUCACCUCCAGGCUCAGGCCCAGGUGCAGGACCAAGUCCAAGCCCGGGUCAGGGCUCCUUCGUGGGCAUGACGGAGGUGCCCACGUUCGAGCCAUCGCCGGCCGAGUUCCACGACCCGCUGGCGUAUGUGGCAGCGGUGCGGGAGCUGGCUGAGCAGUACGGACUGUGCCGCGUGGUGCCGCCCGCUUGCUGGCGGCCCGAGUGUAAGCUGAAGGACGAGAUGCGCUUCGUCACGCAGGUGCAGCACGUGCACAAGCUGGGCCGGCGCUGGGGCCCCAACGUGCAGCGGCUGGCCUGCAUACGCAAACACCUGCGCUGCCAGGGAAUCUCCCUGGACGAGCCCCCACUCAUCGGUGGCUGUGAGCUGGACCUGGCCCGCUUCUUCCAGCUGAUCAACGAGGAGAUGGGCGGCAUGCAGCAGGUGAGCGACCUGCGGAAGUGGGGCCGCCUGGCCGACCUGCUGGGCAUCCCCAAGUCGGCGCAGGACCGGCUGGCCAAGCUCCAGGAGGCCUACUGCCAGUACCUGCUCAGCUACGACUCGCUGGCGCCGGCCGAGCGCGCCCGCCUGGAGCAGGAGGUGCUGGCCGACAAGGAGCUGCUGGAGAGGCGGAAGGGGCCGCUGGAGGGCCAGCUGGACCACACCCACACCCAGCACGCCCUGCUCCUGCUGCCCAGGACCGAGCCCAAGAACGGGCUGCUCAACGGGGUGAUGCACCCCCCUCCUCCUCCUCCACCUCCACCUCCGCAGCCGUCGCUGGGGUCGGCGUCGACGCCGCCCAACGGGCUCCACAACAGCCACCACCAGGGCAGCGCCAGGCUGAGGGAGCUGCAGCAGCAGCCGCAGGAGGGGAAGGGAGGAUGUGGGGCUGGAGGAGGAGGUGGAGGAGGAGGUGUCGGUAACGGCAGCGGCGGUGGUGGUGGCAGUACUACUAGGCGGAGAACUUUGUCACAGGAGAGGAAAGCGAAUGGAGCAGCAGGAGGAGGAGGAGGAGAAGGAGGAGGAGGUGGAGAUGGAGGAGAGGGAGAAGAGGAACAGGGCGGGGUGCUAAGCGAUCAACACAAGUGCAUCUACAGGGGAAAAUCGGUGUCCCUCACGACGUUCUUCAGGACGGCUAGGAACACCAUGAACAUGUGCUUCAGCAAGGAGCCAGACGCAGCAGAGGUGGAGGAGGAGUACUGGAGGAUUGUGGAGGAAAGGGAAAGCCAUGUUGCAGUGCAUUGUGGGAGAGUGGACACCAAGACACACGGGAGCGGCUUCCCCAUGGGCAAGUCUGAGCCAUUUUCAAAGCAUGGAUGGAACCUCACUGUCCUUCCCAAUAACUCAGGAUCCAUCUUACGACACCUUGGUGCUGUGGCUGGAGUGACCAUCCCCUGGCUGAACAUUGGCAUGGUCUUUUCUACCUCAUGCUGGUCCAGGGACCUGAACCGCCUUCCAUACAUAGAUUACCUACACACUGGUGCUGACUGUAUUUGGUACUGUAUUCCCGCUGAGGAGAAGACGAAACUUGACAAAGUAGUUCACACACUGCUGCAGGCCAACGGCACGCCGGGACUGGAGAUGCUGGAGAAGAACAUCAUGAUCUCCCCGGAGGUGCUGUGUCGAGAGGGCAUCCGUGUCCACCGCACGGUGCAGAAGAGUGGCCAGUUCAUGGUCUGCUUCCCGGGGGCCUUCGUGGCCAAGGUGUGCUGCGGAUACAGCGUCUCCGAGACCGUGCCCUUCGCCACGCCCCAGUGGAUGGACCUGGGAUACGAGGCUGCUAAGGACCUGAAGCGUCGUCGGAUCGAGGAGCCCUUCUCCAUCGAGAGGCUGCUGUACAAGAUUGGCAUGUUGGAGUGCAGGCGGGACAACAAGCUGUUGCAGAGUACAAUCUCCUCACUUCUCAAAGAUCUCAGGGACACAGAGAUUAGCCAACGGCGGGACCUGUUCAAGGCGGGCCUGCGCUCGUCGGCACGCUACCGGACGCUGGACAGCAGCCAGCCCCCUCUAGAGGGCCGGAAGAAGCAGAGCGCCAGGCUGGCCGAGGACACCUCCGACCGACGCUGCCAGACCUGCCAGCACCUGUGCUACCUGUCCAUGGUGGUCCAGGAGAGUGAUAACGUGGUCUUCUGCCUGGAGUGCACCCUGCAUCUGGUCCAGAAGAGACGCUCCUCCAGGGGCCUGAAGAUGAUGUACCGCUACGAUGAGGAGCAGAUGAACAGCCUGCUGAGCCGCGUGAGUGGGAGUGGGAGGGUGCAGGAGAGGACCAGUGAGAGGCGGAGGGCCGAGUCCCAGCCCCAGCCCCAGCCCCAGCCCCAGCCCCAGGCCCCCUGCCCAACACCAGCACAGCGCAGCGCCCGCGCCAGAACCUCCAGCCAGGCUCCCCGACACACACCCGGCUCUCAGAUCAGACAGUCUUCCCCUGGCCCUCACACACACACACACACACACACACACACACACACACACACACACACACACACACACACACACACACACACACACACACACACACACACACACACACAUAUUCACACACACACACACACACACACACACACACACACACACACACACACACACACACACACACACACACACACACACACACACACACACACACACACACACACGCACACACACAUAUUCACACACACAUAGAAACAUACACACACACACAACCCCUUAACCCCCCCUCACACACACACACCCCGGCUUCCCCCUGGCCCUCAAAACACAUACACACACACACACACACAUACA